ACUGCGGUACCUUUGCAGCAAGAAGAAGGUUUGUAAACAAGUCAGUGCCAGGAGAGCAGGCAGAGCUUACAGGACAGCGUGACAGCGCCGUUUAACUACGGACAGAGUGGACUGGACUCGAACCGACGGACCGAGCGGCGACCCGUGCUGGAGAAACGACCACUUCGCCUUGAGAAAGACAGAGAGAAAGUGACUCGACGGUGCGAGGGAAGAACGGUCGCAACCUGAAGGAGAAAACCGACGUGAGAGUUCGGCUCGCAGGGGCAGCCGAGUCAAGCGACACGAGCCAGAAGUCAGGCGGUUCGCUUCGGGUGGUUCCGCCCCGUCGGGCGCCAAUUGUUUUGACGGCGACGCCAUUUCUCCCCGCCGUGCAGCGGGUCCUUUGGAGGUCUUCUGGAGCCAAGCACCAUGGUCAAACUGACAAAGCCAAAAACCUUCCAGGCCUACCUGGACAACUGCCACCGCCGAUACAGCUGUGUGCACUGCCGGGCCCACCUGGCUAGCCAUGAUGACCUCAUCUCGAAGUCAUUUCAAGGCAGCCAAGGCAGGGCUUACCUGUUCAACUCGGUCGUGAAUGUCGGCUGCGGUCCGGCAGAGGAGCGUGUCCUGCUUACUGGUCUCCACGCUGUGUCGGACAUCUUUUGUGAGAACUGCAACACCACUCUGGGAUGGAAAUAUGAACAAGCCUACGAAAGCAGCCAGAAGUACAAAGAGGGCAAGUAUAUCAUCGAGGUGUCGCACAUGAUCAAAGACAAUGGGUGGGACUAGACAAACCCCCGACAGAGCAGAAUUGGGCAAUGGGACCGUCACCUGAGCGAUGACUCAAAAGUAGAGUGAGCAGUGCAUGGAAAAGGACGGUAAAAGGGGGGGAGACAUAAUCCUUGUAGUGUUCGAACUCUGGGACCCACUGGAGACUGACCCGGGACUUGCUGCUGCCCCCUAUUGGCAGGACAUGCCAUUGUUCAGGAAGAAAGCAAGCAUACUACAGUGAGCCACCAAUUCCGAGGUUCCUGUUUCAAAGCCGGAUAUUCACUGAAGAGCUGUUCCUCUGACUAAACCAUUUCCUCCAUGACUCUGGUUCCCUUUCUGCAGGUGCCCGCUCUUUCAGGCCCCCUGUGUGCAACCCAGAUGCUUGGUGCGCACCAUUUGUCGAGGGUGUGUACAGAACUUCUCUGUCUCCUCUCCUUCAGUUGAGCACAGACCUCCACUCGUCACUUCUUGUCUGUCCCAUCCUCUUGAUGCAGACCCCCCCCCCCCCCCCUUGUCCAGCUUAUCACUGUGUAGACCUCUCCUUGCUCUGAUAUGUUUGGGUGCAAACCACCCCUGUGCUACUCAACCACAGCCCCUUCUUUUUAAUUUGGAUUUGGGUGUUGGUCUGUCCCAUCUUGCACUGUCCCUGAAUGUUUUGGUUUUUUUUUUCUCUCUAUCCCAAAAUCUUCUAAUUUUUUUUUUUUUUUUUUUUUUGACCAUAACCCACUCCACAGGGGGUAGAAGCUGGAAUUGCUCAAUAGGUUUCCAUAAUGCAGUCCGGUAAUGCCACCAGUACUGAAGUGGGGGCAUUAGCAAUCCUGUAUUACCCAACCACAGCCCCUUCUUUUUAAUUUGGAUUUGGGUGUCGGUCCGUCCCAUCUUGGACUGUCUCUUAGUCUGUUUUUGUGCCCUCUCUCUUUUCUUUAUCCCUCCUAAAUUCUUGCUGCAGACCAUAACCCACUCCACAGGGGGUAGAAGCUGGAAUUGCUCACUAGGUUUGCAUAAUGCAGUCCGGUAAUGCCACCCACUGGACUCCUAGUACUGAAGUCCAAAACUUUAGGGAGGAUGUUUCCAAAGAGCCAUGGUAGCUCCUCCCCUUCCCAGCUGUGCAUGAAUGUCUGUGUCGCUCGGCCCCGCCCACUUAUGUAAAUAGUGUAAUUUUGUACAAAGUGCCAGAGUAUAGUUUUGAUGCUUUCCUCUUUACCUCUGUGUCAUAAAAUAACUAGAAGAUUUUUUUUAAAAUGUAUGUGGAUGGAUUGUCCCUUUUUUUUUUUUUUUUUUUAAAUGUUGA